AUGGCAUCACGAGACUGUCCUUCGGGAAACGAAACAGCGCUUUCCUUUACGCAGGGGCUCAUUGUCGGCCAGCUGUCCGUGGUGCUGAUACUGGCCGCCUUUAUCAAGUUUUUCAUCUUUGGGGAUCCGCCCUCUCCCGACGUGACCUCGUCGCUGAGGGCUACCGAGCGCAGGGCGAGGACCUUGACUCACAAGCAGUCGCUCCUCAGCCUGCGUUCACCUAGCCAGCGGCAGGGUCAAGCAUUGAGCCGCAAGAAGUCGAGCGUCCUCAGGAAUCAACCUGCCCUGACAAUAGGCUCAAUACUGAGCAAAACAUACUACAACGUCGACAGUCACCAGCCAGAGAGCCUCGACUGGUUCAAUGUCCUGGUCGCCCAGACCAUCGCCCAGUUCCGCAGUGACGCUCAGCACGACGACGCCAUCCUCGACUCCCUCACCAAGGCUCUCAACGGAACGUCACGGCCCGACUUUGUCGACGACAUUCGGGUCACCGAGCUCAGCCUGGGCAACGACUUUCCAAUCUUCAGCAACUGCCGCAUCAUCCCAGUUGACGAGGAUGGGCUCACUCUUGCCAGAAUGGACGUGGACUUGAGCGACAUGCUUACACUGGCCGUGGAGACGAAGCUCCUCCUCAACUACCCCAAAAAGCUAUCAGCAGUCCUACCCGUGGCCUUGUCCGUGUCCGUGGUCAGGUUCAGUGGGACGCUGUCCAUUUCCUUCAUCCCUAGCAACCCAUCACAGUCAUCCCCAACCAUGAUGACCUUUAGCUUUCUCGAUGACUACCGCCUCGACUUUUCCAUCCGGAGCCUUCUGGGCAGCCGCUCAAGACUACAAGACGUGCCCAAGAUUGCCCAGCUUGUCGAGGCACGGUUGCACCGGUGGUUUGAUGAGCGCGCUGUCGAGCCGCGCUUCCAGGAAAUCGCAUUGCCAAACGGUGGCGGUUCCGUUGGACGAGCCAAGGGAAGGGAGCUGGGCCGUGAUCUGCGGGACGAAGUGCCCCUAGGCGACAAUGAGUGGAGAGAGGCCAACUCGUCACUCAGGCACCGAAGGCCUCUAGGCGCAAGGGAGGGGAGCGAGUUUUCCAUGCCAGGCUCGCUUCCCGAUGUCAAGAUUGGCGCCAGGCCCUAA